CUUUUCAAACCAAUUAGCUAGCUCAAAUCUUUGCCAAAAUAUUGAUAAAAUCUGAAGAACAUAGCAAAAAGGACAUUUUUAAUGAUGAAAUACAGCAUUAGCAAUCAACCUUUUCCAAAAAUACAGAAUGAGCAGAGCUACAAACAAAGCAACACCCGGUCCACUGUGAAGCAAACCUUACAGCCUUCCCAAAAACUCGAGAUUGACAAAGAAAAUGACAAUUCCAAUCUCAGAAGGUGAGGCCCUUCCUUCUGAAUCCCAAAUCAGUCAAAAUGCAUGAUCAGAAGUUUCGACUAUUUCAACUCAGAUCUCUUGCAAAGCCAAGACCUGUUCAUGCAAACUCUCUCAGAGGCUGAUUUCAUGCUCUGUGAUGAGAUUGAACAAGCCAUUGAAGAUGUCAGAGUUCUCAACGAGAAGGAGAUUUGACCUAAAUAAACACCUUAAUUUUUCAGCAGCAGAGGAGAAUCUUGAGUAUGAUGAUGUUGACAAUGAAGGACCUGGUCUCAUCUUCCAUCUGGUACCUCAAUCUCAGCUGGAGAUCGAAGUUCCAAAGAGAAGGAGCAGCAGAGGUGCUUACCCAACCUUGAUGCGAGUUCCUUCCAAGGAAAUUAAACCAAUGAAAAAUCAACGUUAUAAAAGUCUUCAAGCAGUUAUCCCUAGAGGGAAUAAUCUGAAUAAUAAUCCAUUUCCAAAGGUUUUCCAAAGAGGAACUCCUUUGAGAGGUUAUGAUGAUAAUCAAGCUUUUUGCUAUCUUUCAACAAAAACUGGCUCAAAAUCUCCAAGGGAAAGUCCGAUCAAUCUUAAAUUAGCAAAUUUAUAUGCUUCUAAUCUAGACUCUACUAUCCAAGUUGAGGAUGGUCCUGUAAAACCUGUGUUAACUGAUAUAAAGAAGAGCUACACAAGGUGAAUAUGAAGAAUUCCGGCCCACAGGAGGGACUCUGACAACUUUUCAUGCGCCAGUUCCUACAGAGACCAAGGUUGUAUCGAGGACCCAGAUGAGCAUGAAGAUUCUGCUCACCAGCUCCCCAAAGUGAGCAUGCUUCCUAGCAACCUCCCUUGUGGGAAGUACUGUAAGAGGCUGACUGCAAAUGAGGAGAAAGAAUACAUUCUUAGAGAAAUUCAGCAAUUUUUAAGAAAAAAAGAAACAAAAUAAUGAUUUCUAUCAUAAAAAUGAAGAAGAUAAGCACUCUGCCGAUACUGUGAGAGACUUUAUCCACUCUGACAAGUAUGCAGAAGAGAAUGAACGAAAGUAUAUAAUAGACUUCACCUGGUGGGCUAAAUGGACUGAUUAUGUUAAUUUCAGCCUAGAACUCAAGCUAUGAGACCUAGAAAAUCACAUAUCAGAAUCUCAAGAAUUCAUAGACUGAAAGUAUGAGAAACCACAGAAAAUAAGAAAUUAUCGACUCCUAUCAGGACUUUGAGGUCGAUCCUCAGUCACGAGACGAGAAGACAAUGGAAUCCCUAUAAAUCAUACGAGCAUUCAAUAUGUUUCAGAUAGGUACAAGUCCUUGAAACCAAACUUAGUCGAAGGACUUGAUUAUUGCCUAGUUCCAGCCUGAAUCUGGAAGUAUCUGAUAAAUUGGUAUGAUACUGAUUUUCCGAUCCCUAAAAGGGUCAAAGUAGAAGAUUCCUUAUAUGAUGCUUGCACUUAAAAUUCAAUUUUUCAGAA